CAGGCUUUGAGUUUCAUUUAAUAGCCAUGACAACAGCAACCUAUUGCCUUGAACGUCAAGUCCGGUCUAUUUGUCCGCUUUAUCAUUUCCUAAAUACCGAGCAGGAAUGCCACCGAUUUUUGGUAGGGUCAUCCAAUUGCACGGCAAAAAAUAAAAUUCAUCUUUUAGAAUUUCAAGAUGAAACAAACACUUUGGAGUGCAGUGUUGUAUGGAAUCAUGAAUCUGAAAUAAAUGGGAUGUGGAGCUCGCCAUCGCUUUCAGGGAAAAGCCUGCUGGCUACUGCUUCAACAAAAUCUUUUCAGGUGCUUCAAGUAUCCGAAAACCUGUUAAUGGAACCAAAGCAGAUAUUGUCGCUUAAUAAAGGGAUAACACAAGCACUGUGGGAUUUAGAGGGACUUCAAAAUGAUCUCAAAAUAGUGCAACCUCAAACAAUAUCUACUUUAUCGCUAGAGACCGAUAAAAUUGGUGCAGAAACAACAUCUUAUAGUAUCGACUGUGAACGAAUUUUCCACGCUGCACUCGACCCACAUCACUCUUUUCUAUGCCUUUUAUCAUGUGCUGGGUCAGGUUUGCAACUUGUUGACUUUCGCUCCAAGCAAGCAAUUAAAAUGGAGAACACGGACAAUUUACAUGGAUUUCAGGGAACUUUGCAUGUUGAUUUUAGCACUACAAAACCUAAUAAAAUUCUCACCUGUGGUCACGAUGGAAUUGUUCAUAUACAUGAGUUUCGUAUGAACUCUAAAAAUAUAGACGUCGAACAUAAAAGGCAUAUCAGAGCUCAUGAACAUACAGUACGGCGUGCACUCUUUAAUUCUUUUCAUGAUAGCCUUGUUUUAAGCGGAAGCUCUGAUCAGUCACUAAAAUUGUGGGAUCUUGAUGAUGUUGAAAAGCCUAACUGCAUCAGGCAGUUAGGCUGUCUUGGGGAUACAGUUAUGGAUAUUUUCUGGAGUAGUAACGGUCCUUGGGUCUUCGGUGGUGUAUCAUAUAACGGAAGAGUUAUGGUAGACACGGUUCCAAGUGAAAAAAAAAUGAGUAUUUUGCUGGAAGAGCAAAAAUAAUUCUUCCUUUUUUUGAACUAUGUUCUGAAGAGCAGACUAAUA